AUCUUCUUCCUUAUGGCCAUCAAUCCUAUCCAUGGCCGAUUUCUCUUUUUCUUCAUCGCCAUUAUUUUCCCCCAAACAGCAGUCCCCAACCCUGAUUCCGAAGCUCUUCUAAAGCUCAAGCAGUCAUUCACAAAUGCAGGUGCUCUCGAUUCAUGGCAGCCAGGAACGGAGCCCUGCGCCGGACAAAACUACUGGAACGGCGUCCUCUGCGAAAACGGCGUCGUUUCGGGGCUCCGUCUCGGUCAAAUGGGGCUAUCCGGCAGCAUCGACGUCGACGCCCUGGCCUCCCUGCCGGGCCUCCGGAGUGUCGCCGUCAUGUCCAAUUCCUUCUCCGGGGAAAUCCCCGGCUUCAAUCGGAUCGGAGCUCUCAGAGGAUUGUACCUUUCCGACAACCAAUUCUACGGCGAGAUCGCGCCGGAUUACUUCUCCAACAUGGACGGAUUGAAGAAGAUUUGGUUGUCCGGCAACAAAUUUUCCGGCCAAAUUCCGGCGUCGGUGUCCGAAUUAUCUCAGCUCAUGGAAUUGCAUCUCGACAACAAUAGAUUUUCCGGCGCGCUACCCACCCUAGACCAGAAGAGUUUAAUAUCUCUCAACGUGUCGAACAACAAUCUCGCCGGCGAGAUCCCUCCGACUCUGUCCCGAUUCGGCGCCGACGCUUUCUCCGGCAAUCCGGGGCUCUGCGGAGGGAUCUCCGGCAAGCCGUGCGGGGGUAAACCCAUCGCCGGAAUCGUCGUUGCCAUCUUGUGUUUGCUAGCAUUCAUAGUGUUGCUAGCAUUGGCGAUCGCCGCAAUUCUACGCAUCCGUCGACAACCUCGACCCGGCCAGACUAAUAAUGUCGACAAUCAACCACGGCCCGUCAAACAACACGUUAGCAUUAGCAACUUGGUUGAGGCCAAUUCGCCGAGAGUAGCGAAGAAAAAUGCCGGUGCCGGUGUCGAUACAAGAAAGUCAAACUUGCCGGAGUCGAGCAAGCGGGCACCGCGAGAUCUAGUGGUCGUAAACAACGAGAAGGGGGAGUUCGGAUUAAGCGACCUAAUGAAAGCGGCCGCGGAAGUUCUCGGGAAUGGCUCGCUCGGCUCGUCGUAUAAGGCCACGAUGCUCAACGGAUUGUCCGUCGUCGUUAAACGGGUGAAAGAGAUGAACAAAUUGAGCCGCGACAAGUUCGACUCCGAAAUGAGACGGCUCUCGAGCUUACGGAACAAGAAUAUCUUGCCGCCGUUGGCUUAUCACUAUCGUAAAGACGAGAAACUCAUCGUGUCCGAAUAUCAACAAAAAGGAAGUCUAAUGUUCGUUCUGCACGGUGAUCGCGGGAUCGCGCACGCUGAGCUAAGUUGGCCGGUGAGGCGGAAGAUAAUACUCGGGAUAGCUCGAGGACUAGGCUAUCUCCACACCGAGCUCUCGUCGCUCGACUUGCCACAUGGCGACCUAAAAUCGAGCAACAUUCUAUUGUCGACGGAUCACGAGGUGUUGCUAACGGACUACGGGUUCAGUGCAUUCACGAACGCCGGCCAGGCGGCGCAAGCGCUGAUGGCCUACAAGUCGCCGGAGGCCGUCGUACAGCAACACGUGUCGCCAAAAUGCGACGUGUUUUGUUUAGGGAUUGUGAUACUAGAAAUUGUGACGGGAAAAUUUCCUAGCCAAUAUGGCGGGAACGCCCAGGGCGGCGCGGACUUGGUCCAGUGGGCGAGGUCGGCGAUGGCGGAGGGGCGGGAGGCGGAAUUAGCCGAUCAGAACGUGACGAACACGGCGGCGGGAUCGGUGAACGAGAUCGUGGAGUUGCUUCGGAUCGGCGCAAUGUGCACGGAGAACAUUCCCGAUCAGCGUUUGGAGCUCGGAGAAGCGAUUAGGAGGAUAGAAGGCGUAGAGAAGCGGUUAGGAGGAUAGAAGGCUUAUGCAUGCAAGGUAGGGUU